CUUCGUAAUUUUAUAACGAAAAAUUAUAUUGUUUGCGUUUUAACGAGUUUUAUUAUUUAUUUUUUUAUAUGUUUUUAUGAAUCAUUAAUUUUUAGAAAUUUAACAAUUGUUUCUUGACGAUUUUUAUGAAUUUAAAAUAUUUUUGUACGAUUUUGAAUUAUGGAACAUGCAACUGAUUAUGUAGAAACUGUUCUUGGAAAGAAAGAUGCAAAUCAACUUGGAAGAACUCUUACGCAUGAACAUUUAUCCAUGUCCUUCACUGAGUUCUAUGUUCAACCUCCAUCUCAUUUGAAACAAUUUUUCAAUGACAAAAUCGAACUUCAAACUGUUGGAAUUCUAAAACAAUAUCCUUAUAGUAGUUUUUAUAAUUUAAUAUAUAACGAUCGAUAUACGGAAGAUGCUGUUUUGGAGGAUGUAAAAUUAUAUAAAAAAUUUGGUGGUGGUACUAUCGUGGAAAAUAGUAAUUAUGGCUUAAAACGCAACAUUCUAUUCAUGAAAAAAGUUAGUAAAACCACUGGAAUUAAUAUCAUUGCCGGAACCGGUUAUUAUGUUAGUGCGACUCAAACUAAUGAAAAUUUAUCAAAAGAAGAAAUGUACGAUGUAAUUUUAAAAGAAAUGACUAUUGGUUGUGAAGAAUCUCCUGAUGUAAAGGCGGGAUUUAUUGGAGAAAUUGGAAGCACUUGGCCAAUCACGGCUUUUGAAAAACGGGUUAUCCAAGCAACUGCGGAGGUUCAACAGCAAUUAAAAUGUCCUGUCAGUUUCCAUCCUGGAAGAGAUUCUGCAGCACCUUCUGAGAUAAUGAGAAUCUAUCAAGAAGCUGGUGGAGAUGCGAAAAAAGCUAUUCUCUCUCAUCUCGAUCGAACUAUACUCGGUCUAGAAGAACUUUUGGAGUUUGCUGAUAACACGAAAUGUUACUGCCAAUUCGAUCUGUUUGGAACCGAAUGUUCUUUUUAUCAAUUAAAUCCAUCGAUUGAUAUGAUAUCUGACGCACAACGGAUUGAGCGUGUUAAAUAUUUUCGAGAUAAUAAAAAAUUGGAUCGCGUACUGUUAAGUCAUGACAUUCAUACGAAGCACAAAUUGAUAAAAUUUGGUGGACAUGGAUUUUCUCAUAUUUUGAAUAAUGUUGUACCAAAAAUGAUGCUGAAGGGUUUUGUUCUUGAAGAAAUCGACAUGUUAACUAUUCAAAAUCCAAAAACUUGGUUGAUAUCUUAAUUAUUUUUAAUGAUAUGUAUAUAAAAUCGAAUUAAUUUUUAUAUUAAGUUAAAGGCAAAAGAAUGUAUUUGUAUUCAUAAAAAAUUCUACUGCAAAUAAACUUAUAUUUAUAAA